UCAUUUUCUUAACGCCACAGAGAAUCGCCGGAUCAUUAAUUGUCGCUGCAGUACAGGGACAAGUAGAGUCCCUCUACUAGAAGGACUCUAGGGACAAGUAGCAUCGUUUCCAUAGUAACUGACAUUGAAUUAUUGUAUCCAUCAAACCGAAAUACAAAAAGUAUAAUUAAGAUGAUGACAAUUCUGAGAUUCAUAGUUUUUAGUCUUUUUAUAAUAAACAUUAGGAAUAUUAAGAGCGAAGAUAUUAACAUUGAUUCUAAUGGUUAUAUCGCUUAUUGUCCAUGUAUGGGACGGUUUGGUAACCAAGCAGAUAACUUUUUAGGAGUUUUAGGUUUUUCUAAAGCUUUAAACCGUACUUUAGUCCUACCACCAUGGGUGGAAUAUAGAACUGGUGAAAUUCGCUCGACGCAAGUUCCUUUUGAUACGUACUUUAAUGUUUCCCGACUGGAAGCUUACCAUCGUGUUAUUACUAUGGAGAAAUUUAUGAAAAACAUUGCACCUACAUUGUGGCCUCCAUCACAACGUAUAUCAUUUUGCUAUUCUGUCCGUGGACAAUCUGGGUCAUGUAAUGCAAAAGAAGGAAACCCUUUUGGUCCCUUUUGGGAUACUUUUUCAAUAGACUUUGUAGCCUCAGAGUUUUAUGGACCGUUACAUUAUGAUGUGUAUCAUUUUGAUAUGGCACAUCAAUGGCGGAAUAAAUAUACAGCUGGUAGCUGGCCAGUUCUGGCAUUUACUGGUGCACCAGCAAGUUUUCCAGUGCAGUUUGAAAAUAAAAAACUGCAACGGUUCCUUGAUUGGAAUGACGACAUGCAUGCACGCGCAAGAAAUUUCAUUAAAACUAAUUUACCCAAAGGAUCCUUUGUAGGAAUUCAUUUACGCAAUGGCAUAGAUUGGGUAAGAGCCUGUGAACUGAUUCCAAAUACUUCUAACUUAUUCGCUGCACCCCAAUGUCUUGGGUAUCGUAACGAACGGGGUAAAGCGACAACUGCAAUGUGUCUGCCAUCCCCUGAUUUAAUAAUCCGUCACUUAAAACGUGUCAUUAGAAACGGAAACGAUGUAAAAUCCGUUUACGUAGCAUCAGACAAUAAUUACAUGAUGGAUGAGCUCUCUAAAGCAUUAGCCAGAAUGGCGGUCAGUGUGCAUAAACAACCUGAGCCAGUUUCCCCACACUUGGAUCUUGCAAUUCUUGGUCGUGCGAACUAUUUUAUUGGAAACUGUAUCUCAUCGUUUUCUGCUUUUGCUGCCAGAGAACGCGAGGUCAAGGGCUUACCAGUAUUUUUUUGGGGCUUCCCACCGGAGAGACCGAUCUCUUCUACUUCUCAUGAAGAACUGUAAAACAUUUAUCAGUGGAAACUAUCUGCGAUAAUUCCAUGAAAACAGUUAUACGUACAAAAGUCUGUGAUAACGACUAUAGCAUCCUUCAUUAAUAAUGCUAAAAGGCCUACAAUGAUAUUUAAAUUUUGAUUUGGUUAAUAACUCCAUCUGGUGUUCUUGUGUGCGGUAUGUAUUUUUAAGGAAAUAAAAUACAUAUGAUUAUACAAAAACA